UUUGACGUAUACAGCCGUGAGCCUCUGCCUGUCCCAGUCAUUGUAUGUAAUGGAGGCACAGGAAGGGAUGGGAGUGUACAGAGGUUGUCAGCCACAUCCCAUCGACGAACAGCAUACGAGGAAAUGCAUGAAGAGAAUGAUGCAGAAGGGGAGGAGGAUGAGGAGGGGGAGGGGGAGGUUGUCUGCUACAUACACUAUAAUGAGAUGCAACAGGCACCUGGCCCAGCAGCUCAAUCAGUCGCUUUCCAGUCACACUCCUCAGACAGCUGUAGCAUCCACACUUGCAGGUCAAGAGCCCCCACGUCCAGCUGUUACCAGUCUGUGGAAGACCUGAAGGCUAUGCUGCAGGCCCCUCCCCUGGCUUUUGGAACAGACUAUAACGAUACAGCAUCGCAGACCACUGAGAAUACUACUCACCCUGAAGUCCAGCACAUUCUGGAGCGCUACAGGACAGAGCACAAAGAGAGCGAUCAUAAUAUCACUGGCCUCGAUCGCUCGUCCAACUUCAAUUCUAACGCAACAGUGAAGCUGGAAAAGUUUUUCAACGGAAAACUCAAGGCAGCAAGCCACUCUCCAGACCCAGCCAACAGUUGCGAUAAUGAGACAGGUCUGUAUGAGAAUGUGGACCAGGUGUUUGAAAAUGAGUCUGCAACUUUUCCUCCUGCUGGUCAUUCCUCUCGUUCUGAUGAACAGAAAACCAGUUGUUGCUUUUCGGUAUCCGCUAACAACCUGGCUCACUCCCCUUCUCUUGAAAGAAUCCGGAUGAUGAUGGACAAAACCCACCAUGUGCAGCAUCUGCAGGCGCAGUUCGAGAAGCAGAUACAGACCAGCAAACGGCAGCAGGAAAGGGAGAAGCAGAUUUGGUCCAGGGAGAAAGUGAAGCAGAUGACCCUCAGUUCUAUACCGAAGGGGACUAGAGUAAAGGACAAGAGGAAGGCAAAGGGAAAGGGUAAGCGGUCUGAUGAGAGGAUAUCUUGUCAAGAGCAGGUCAUCCCAACGGCAUGGACAACAGAGGUUCAAGGAAGGAGGAAGGUCCGAAAGAGUGAACGGCUGGAGUUACCUGUCGAUGACCAGCCUGAAAGGAGGAACGCCAGGACUGGACCCCAAACCUCGCAAAAGACAGCCCUGCUGCAUAGCCAAGGAAUGAGGUCCCCUGGAUUGGAGAUGUCAGGGUUGAUGCAGAAGCACAUGGAGCUCUGCCAGGCCUGUAACUUGGCAGAGCAUUUAGACAGCUAUUCUAGCAAGUGGUGUAUCAGUGAUCGACCCCAGCAAAGGGCAGAGAAAGGCAUGAGGAUCAUGAAGAAGAGGUCUAAGGAGAAGGACCUGGAGGUGCAGAGGUGGAUCGAGAAAUGUGCCAGCGAGGAUUCAAGAAGGAGCAGGUCCUCUAACAAGUACCCAGAUUGCCACAAGGGCUUGAAGCAGGCAUGUGCAUGUGACAACUGCCACAUGCUAGACAAGAAGAGGGGGCGAUCACGAGAGGCACCGAGGAAGAGUUAUCAGAACUUAAGGGAAAGCCAGGAGUAUGAACACCAACACUACGAACGCCCAAAGGCAAGCAGGAGUUGGAUCAAUGUGAUUCCUCAGGCCGAGAGAGACUCCCAAUAUAGAGAGAACAUGCCAAAGGUUUCAAGCAGCAGUGAUUGUGAUCUACUGGAUAUUUCAGAAGGUGUUUACUUUUGCAGCAAUUGCAAAAAAGGCCAGCAGGCAACCCAUGUCCAAAACAAGCCUAAGCCCCAGCCCAAGCCCAGGCCCAACCAUUACCAAUACCACCCGAACACCACUACUCCAAUGAGCCGGGGGCGACCCCGGGGCCAGCUGGGCGUCCCGGAGCCUGUGACCUCCCUGCAGUGGCUCACCCAGAAGAUGAGAGAAACGGACCAGGUGAAGUCGAUCACAGGUGUGUUUGAGAGGAGGGCGCGGAAGGAUGCAGAGCUGUUAGAAAGAGAGCGCCUAACUGAGCUCUUCAAGGUGUUAGAACUGAAUAAGAGCCAAAAGGAUAGACGGGGCGAGCAUCAUACAUGCAAUCUGACCCAGCACAGGGUUAGAGAGGAGCAACAAAGGUAUAAGGAGAAGCCCAAAGCCCAUCAGCAUGUGUGCUGCAGAGAUAGAAGAAAUGAAGACAUAAUCAGGCUUCAGGAGCAAACUUGCUACAGCCAUAGCCGUAAUCAUAGCCAAAGGCACAGAGGAAAUUGCAUUCGUAGUUGAUUUUCCUGACCAAAACAAAUCUCUAUAUAUAUUAGAACAUUACAUUUUUGUGGAUUUUAUACUUCAGAAAUAUGUCAAUUUUGUGCCAGAAAUAGAAUUUUGGUAAAAACAGAAUGUAAGCCUUCUAUAUAGCCCUAAUGUAUACUGACACCUGUAGAUUUCUUUCACAUGAUCUCUACUUCAGUUAAACAACAUGAGAUAAUGAGUAAGUGUAUUUCCUUCUGUACAUGUACAUUAUCACUGCAGGUCUGUUGUACAAAAACUGCUUUCACUGGAAAGAAAGUAAGAAUAGCAGUACCUCUGUGAAAAAUACUUUACCAAAUAGUUUGCCAUAACUUUGC